UCUGGAAAAACUGUAAUGUUCGAACUAGCUAUUACAAGGUUACUAAUGGAAGUGCCGAUGCCUUGGUUAAAUAUUAAAAUUGUCUAUAUGGCUCCAAUAAAAGCUCUGUGCAGUCAGCGUUUUGAUGAUUGGAAAGAUAAAUUUGGACCUAUAGGGCUCAGCUGUAAAGAACUGACAGGAGAUACAGUGAUGGAUGAUUUAUUUGAAAUACAGCAUGCUCACAUUAUUAUGACCACACCAGAAAAAUGGGAUAGCAUGACUAGAAAAUGGAGAGACAACUCUUUAGUCCAACUGGUACGACUGUUCCUCAUUGACGAGGUACAUGUUGUGAAAGAUGAAAGCCGUGGUGCAACACUUGAGGUUGUAGUCAGUCGGAUGAAGACUAUACAGUCUUCUCUUUCACGUAUCUCAGAGAAUCCUGACAUGCUUACUCCCAUGAGAUUUGUGGCUGUUUCUGCAACAAUCCCAAAUGCUGAGGAUAUUGCAGAAUGGCUUUCAGAUGGUAUGAGACCUGCUGUAUGUCUGAAAAUAGAUGAAAGUCAUCGACCUGUGAAGCUUCGCAAAAUAGUUCUUGGAUUUCCCUGCAGUAGCAACCAAACAGAAUUCAAAUUUGACUUAACUCUUAACUACAAAAUAGCUAGUGUUAUACAGACAUACUCUGAACAAAAACCAACCCUUGUGUUUUGUGCCACAAGAAAAGGAGUACAGCAGGCUGCUUCAGUUCUUGCAAAAGAUGCUAAAUUUAUUAUGACUGUGGAACAGAAACAAAGAUUACAAAAGUGUGCAAAUUCAACAAAAGAUACCAAAGUGAGAGAUCUUUUAAUGUGUGGUGUGGCUUAUCAUCAUGCUGGUAUGGAACUAUCUGAUAGAAAAAUAAUUGAAGGAGCUUUUACCAGGGGAGACUUACCAGUGCUUUUUACUACUAGUACCUUAGCUAUGGGAGUAAAUUUACCUGCACACCUGGUAGUUAUAAAAUCUACAAUGCACUAUGUUGGAGGAAUGUUUCAAGAAUACAGUGAAACAGAUAUUCUGCAAAUGAUUGGGAGAGCAGGGAGGCCUCAAUUUGACACUACAGCUACAGCAGUUAUCUUGACUAGGUUAAGUACAAGAGAGAAAUAUGUACAGCUGUUAAAUGGUGCAGAUACAAUAGAAAGCAGUUUGCACAAACAUCUUGUUGAGCAUUUAAAUGCAGAAAUAGUGUUGCACACUAUCACGGAUGUGAAAAUAGCUUUGGAAUGGAUACGAUCAACUUUCCUAUACAUCAGAGUUUUGAAAAAUCCUGUUCAUUAUGGUUUUUCGCCUGGACUAGACACAGUUGGAAUUGAAGCAAAAUUACAAGAAUUGUGUUUGAAGAAUUUGAACGAUUUGUCAUCUCUUGAUUUGAUCAAGAUGGAUGAAGAAUUUAAUUUCAAACCUACAGAGACUGGGAAACUAAUGGCUUGGUACUAUAUUGCAUUUGAUACAGUGAAACAGUUUUCCACAAUUAAUGGAACAGAAACUUUAUCUGAACUGAUCACAAUGAUAUCCGGCUGCAUUGAAUUUUCAGAUGUCAAGUUAAGAAUAAAUGAGAAGAAAAUAUUGAACACUUUGAAUAAAGACAAGAACAGGAUAACUAUCAGAUUUCCAAUGGAAGGGAAGAUAAAAACAAGAGAAAUGAAAAUAAACUGUCUUAUUCAGGCUCAAUUAGGAUGCAUUCCUAUUCAAGACUUCACUUUGACACAAGAUAUAGGCAAAAUUUUCAGGCAUGGCGUAAGAGUUACUAAAUGGUUAUCUGACUUUCUGGCAUCACGUAAAAACAAUUUCCCUGCAUUAUUAAACUCUUUGAUUUUAGCUAAGUGUUUCAGGUGCAAACUGUGGGAAAACUCUCUGCAUGUAUCCAAACAGCUAGAAAAAAUUGGUGUAACACUAUCAAAUGCAAUGGUAAAUGCAGGUCUGACAUCAUUUAAAAAAAUUGAAGAUGCAAAUGCAAGGGAGCUUGAAUUGAUUUUAAACAGACAUCCUCCUUUUGGAAACCAAAUAAAAGAAUCUGUGCUACACCUGCCAAAAUAUGAACUUGACAUUGAACAGCUUACAAAAUACAGUGAUACAGUGGCUGAAAUCUUAGUGACCAUCAUAUUAACAAACUUUGAACAGCUUCAGAUUAAGAGAACUGCACCAGACUUUCACUAUGUAACCUUGAUCAUAGGAGAUGCUGAUAAUCAAGUGGUUUUUAAACAGAAAAUUAUGGAUUCUGUCUUGCUGAAAAAUGGAAAUUGGACCAAAAAAAUUGAAGUGAAAAGAGCUCUUAAAUCUGACGAACUUAGCAUAAAUUUAAUUAGCUCUGAAUAUGUUGGGGUGGAUAUUCAGCAAAACUAUUCAGCCUUUUACUUAGGACCAAAAAGGUUUGGAAAUGAAGUGGUUUUACAAAGAAAAUUAGAAGCUGAGUCUUCACCUAUGUAUCAUGCCUCUUCAAUAAGAUCAGCAGCAGCGAGAAAGGAUACAGAGAUCACCUACAUGAAACUUGGGAACAGAGAAUGCAGCCAUCACUGUAAAAAUAAAGAUGUAUGUGGACAUGACUGCUGUAAAGUUGGAGUUUCACAGAAAUCUGAGUUAAAGAGAGAUUCAAAGUUUUCUUCAUACCUAGCUGAUUUAAGGAACAGAAACUCAAUUUCAUCAGUUCCCCCAGUAAAACAAUUAAAGAUACAGUUAAAUAAAUCUCAAAAUGUGGAUCUGAAACAAUUUGUUUUUACACCGAAAUCUUUGUUGCCAGCAUUGCCAAGGUCUGACUAUGUACAGUCUUCUGCCUCAGCUUCACGAGAACACUGGAAUAAUGUUAACAUCCUUGGUAGACCUCAGAACCAACUGCAAUCAGAGAGUUAUGAAAAGAGUAAUUUCUCUUGGGAACAUUCUGUGACUGUAAGUGAGGAGAGCCAUCAGACGAUGACGUCAAAGAAAAAUCUUAAAGAAUCUUUAAUGCAUAAUUUUACUAAUGCAGAUAAAAGCAGCUCUUGGUUUUCAGAGGCUUUGAAUGUGAACUUUGAAUUGGGAGAUGAAGUUUGGGAUGAUUUUGAUGAUGACAAAUUGAUACAUGCUAGCAGCUUUUUCACUGGUGUGGAGAGUAGAGAAGAUUUAGGAUCUGGAAACACUUGCCUUCAAAGUACAAUAGAAUGUAAACCACUGUUUCAGAAUUCAGAGAGCAAAGUCACAAGUGACAUUUCAAAAAAUUUUUGCAUGUUACAAGAUAAGUCUGAUGUUCAUCUACAAAAUUCUGCCUUUUCCACAUUAAAUGCACCAUCAGAAAAGAAAUUAUCUGUACAAUAUGGAAAUACGAAUACUUUCAGCUUUCAAAAAAGAAAACAUCCAAAUCCUCUACAAGAGUUGAAAAACAGAGAGUUUUCUCCUAACUCAGAAAUAAUCUCAGGUUCUUCUCAAUUCAUUGGAAAGGAGAAUUUUUUUAUUUGCAACAAAGAAAGGAAAAAAGAAAUUGAUGUCAGAUAUCUUUCAGACGAUGAAACCAAUGACAUUAAGCCUUUUCUUGGAAUAUUUGAUGGCAUUUUCUAAAACAUAAACAAGAUAUAUCGUAAGUGCUGAAACAUAUUAUACUCUCAUUUCCAGAAUGAAAACUUUAAAUAUAGUUAGAGGAUUUUCUUUAAUAGCUGUUCAUUAAUAGCCAUCUUUGCUACACAGACUAGAUAAUGAAAUUGCUAGCUAAUUUAUUUACAGAAUUCCAUGUAUGUUUUAUCUUUUAAAAAGUUAUUAAAAUCUUUGUUUAUCUAACUUGCUGUUUUUAGGAUUGGAAUGAUAAACAUAUUUGACAGUCUCUCAUUAAAGGGGAUAGUUUUCAAGCUAAGCACUUUUUGUAUAAAUCAUAUGUAAUUUUACCAUAAGAACAAAGAUGCUGUUUGUAAUAUGCAUGUGCUCACAAAACACAUUUCUGAGUAACUGAAAUGUUGUUCAUUAACAAAUUUCUUAUGCUAUUUGUUUUUAUGAUGUCUGGUAGGUAUCCCAUUUAGACUGAAUUUUUCAUAAUACUGAUUUU